AUGAAUAUAGAUAAUUUACAAUAUAUUAGUCAAGAAAGAAUAUUUAUGAAUGAACCAGUAUUAAUUAGUAUUGAAACACCAAAUAAUCUACAAAUAAUCAAUGGAAAGAAUAUUUUCAAGAAAGAUAUUAAUGAAUUUAUUAUUCCCUCUUCAAUUAAUAAAUUAGGAUAUCGUUGUUUUAAUGGAUGUUUAUCAUUAACAACAAUUAAUAUACCAACAACAAUUAAUGAAAUAGCAUAUAAAUGUUUUAAUGGAUGUUCAUCAUUAAAAACAAUUAAUAUACCAACAUCUGUUAGUAAAUUAGGAAAUGAUUGUUUUAGUUUUUGUUCAUCAUUAACAUCUAUUAAUAUACCAACAUCAAUUACAUCAUUUGGAAAUGGAUGUUUUUACAGAUGUAGAUGUGAAAAAGAAUUAAAGAAAAAUGAAAGAAUACCAAUAGAUUGUUUUAAAUGA